AUGGCAGCUGAUGCACUACUUACUGAUCUCUUUAAGCAGUUGACUUCAACCAUUUUUCAGCUGGCUAAAGAAGAGAUCAAGUUGCUUGGUGGCGUUGAUGAUGAAGUCCAAAAGCUUCAAGACAAGCUCGGAUUCAUCAAGGCAAUAAUGGACGAUGCAGAGGAAAGACAUGCAGUGAAGCAGCGUGCUGAGAAGCUUUGGUUAGGGAAGCUCCAAGACAAAUACUACGAGAUGGACGACGUUUUGGACACCUGGAGCACUGCAAGGAUCAAAAUUAAAACACUGAAUGAAAAAUUAGAUGGGAUUUUCAAUGACAGAGAGAAGUAUGGGAUUGACUUUAACAGGCAACCUGAAGUAGUUGAGCGACCGAUAACUACAUCCUUUGUGGAUGAGUCUAAUAUAAUUGGUCGUGAUAACUAUAGGGAGGAGCUGUUGAGCAACCUCUUGGGCGUGGGUAGUCCAAAGGAAAGAAAACCCCGUGUCAUAUCUUUGGUGGGCAUGGGAGGUCUUGGAAAAACCACUCUUGCCCAAAUAGCCUACAAUCAUAGUGAGGUGAAGGCCCAUUUUGAUGAAAGGAUGUGGGUUUGUGUUUCUGAUCCUUUUGAUCAAUGCAAGGUUGCCAAAGCAAUCAUUCAGGAGCUUGUCCCUACACAUGAAUCCCUUAAUAAUACUACUUCUACAUUGCAAGCUCUAUUGCGUAUAGUUUGUGAUUUGAUUAGGGACAAGAAGUACUUUCUUGUUUUUGAUGAUGUGUGGGCUAAAGACUCCAUAAAAGAGUCUGAAAAGUGGGAGCCUUUCAAAAAUGCUCUCACAUGUGGUGCCGGUAGUAAAAUUUUAGUCACCACACGUAAUGAGGAAGUUGCGCACAUGAUGGGGAGCGCCAAAACCGACAUUAUCAAUUUAGGGAAUUUGUCAGUCGAGCAUUGCUGGUUGAUUAUCAAUAAAAUGGCAUUUUCUGAUGACUAUGGAGAGCAAAGUAGGGAUUUAGAAGAGUUGGGCAAACAACUAGCAAAUAAGUGUAAAGGUUUGCCACUUGCUGCAAAGAUUCUAGGGAGUUACCUACGUGGCAAGAUGAGUAGAAAAGAGUGGGAAAAGAUUAUCAAUUCAAUAAAUUUGAGUUAA